UGACAACGUCUUUACAAGAAGGCCCCUAGCAACCAAUGGAAGAUUAAUUUAUCGUUAUAGCCUCUAUCUAGCUAAAUAUUUACAACCUGUACCUUCAGUAGUGUGAACCAGGAGAGAAAGAGCAAGGUUAUUUGCAAGAAAAGGCCUUACGGGGACGUGAUGUGUGAGAGGCAGCAGAGGCUGAUGCAGCAGGCCUUUGCUCUCAAGGAGGGUGAUGGUGAUGCUUGGAGUUCCACUGACACCUCACCGUGGUCCACUCCCUCCAGUCUGCACCGUGGCUUUAAUAGUCCAUACUACUCAUCUGAUUUUGAAGACCAGGCGGACUCACUUACAGUAGUCAAGACAUCAGACAAGUCGCGGGGAUCAAACACAAGUGGAAGAAAAAAAGGGCCCCACAAGCAGAAGACAAACCACACUGCAAACCUCCAAGUCCCGAAGUUGCCUGCGAUCAAGCCCCUGCAGGUUUCAAAGCCGGGGAUCCAGUCUGCCAACGUGAACUGCGUCAGGGUGCUGAAGAGCCAGGUGUGGGAUCUGCAGCAGCAGCUGAGCAAAGCCAGGACUGAGAACAAGCUGCUGAAGACGGUCCAGCAUCGCCACACGGUGGCACUGCAGCACUUCCAAGACUCUGAGGGCAGCCUCUCACAGAUCAUCACCAAGCACAGCAACGAGACCCGAGCCCUGCGGAGGUUGCUCCGUGAGACCCGCGCCUGUCGUGACAAUCUGGCGAGCCAGCUACAAACCACAGAAAAUAAGUUGUUAAGCACAAAGGCCAGCCUCCGGCGCCUACAGCUACUCAGCCAGAACAAGAGCCUGCUGGAGAGGGAGGAACUCACCGUCAGGCUGACCAGGGCCUCUCCAGAGCUGGAGGACAAGGACAAGAAGAUACUGGACUUGGAGAAGCAUCUUGAGUUGUGCCAAGCCUCAUUCAAUCGCCAAAUAGUCACUGAGCAAAGAAAGAUCAAAGAGGCGAGAAAGAUAUCCUGCUCUCUGCUAGAGCAAAUAUGUCAGCUAAAUGAGGAAAUUAAAGAUAGAGACAGAGAAUUGGAAAAACACAAUAUUUACUACCACAGAUUCCUAAAAGGAUCUUCCAAAAAAGGCAGUGAAAACAAAAUGGUUCAAACAGACGCAUUUGUCCUUCUCCCCACUGAGGCGGCAAAUCUUUUGGAGUUUGGAUAUACAGAGACUGAGGAGAGGCUGGAAAAGCAGGAGAGCUCCGUGAACUGGGCUGUGACCAUGGAUGUUGCUCCCGCACACUUAUUCCGAACAGUCUCACCCACCAUCAUCCCACCCUCCUGCUCCCCUCCAGUCCAUACCAGUAUCCUCUUGUCCUCAUCCUCCAGCUCUGCAGAGUCCCUGGUCAGCCUGACGUGUUCAGUGGAGUCUUUGGUAAUAGAAAAUCCAGAGACAGAGGUUUCUGCAAAUGUCCCUUUAGAAGAGAAUCACCAAGAGGAUACUGAGACAUGUGCAGAUACCAGUGAGCAGAGUAGUUGUUCAGAAGAGAGCCCAGAAUAUCAAACUGAGGGAGAUUGUGAGGAAGUAAAAGAGGCCCCACAGGUGUUAGAAGAAGAGCGGAAAACAGAGGAACAAGAUAGCGAGACGUCCUACAUUUCAGAAAAGUCUCUGAACCCAACUGAACCCGAGAGAAAAGGAUCCAAGCUCCCCAAAAUCAGACGCAAUUACGCCGUUAAACAAACUAUUGAGAACCUGCACAGUGGAAGGCCUGCCUUUAAACAAAUUAUUGAGAACCUGCACAGUGGAAGGCCUGUCUACACUGAAGAGCCCGAUCAAGGUGGAGACCAUCAGCAGUUUUUCUGAAAUAUUUCUCUGAAUAAAUGAUUGUUUGACCAAAAGCUCCA